UUGAACAGCCAAAUCAAUAUCCAACAGCAAGCUUUCAAAAUCCGUCAGCAGAAUCACUUUAUAAAUUAAAACAAGCUUUGCCUUAUAGAAUAAACACUCAACAGUUUUCAAAUACACCCCAAGAAAACAUGUUUUUAAAAAACAUUAUUAACAAUUCAAGACGUAUACAGGAUAUUUAUAAAUCUGAGCAACCAUUGAAACGUUAUACUGUUAUACAUCCCGAUGGAAGAAUAGAACAUAUUGAUCAAAUCGAUGGAAUACUUGAAAAGUAUCCAAACUAUUUGAUGGUCAAAUCUCAAGAUGUAAUGAAACAUGUUGAAGGCAGACCAAUUGCGUUUUCCAAACCACAAACACCAGUUUCACAAAAUCCAACUAUCAAACCAAUUACGAUUCAUAAUCUUCAAUCGAACGGAGGACAAAAUAGAGGCAAUAGUACUAUUUCCGAUACUAAAACGUCUAUAACGUUACCGGUUGUAACUAAUCCAAUAUUUAUUAAAGACAAAAAAAUACCAAAAUUGCCUGAAAGUCAUUUUAACGAGACUGUUAUCAACAAAAUAGGUGACAAAACAGCGAGUGAUCCAUCAACAAUACAGAAAACAAAAACAAGUCCAUCAACUCUUCAUAAAACGACAUUGAACACAACCCUAAAAGAAACAAUUGAAGAAAGUCCCACGUCGGUUAAUGUUACCGAAACUAUUGAUAAAACUGUUGUAAAUAUCCAACAAAAUCAACCACAAAAUGAUACUGAGAAAAUAUCACGAAUUGAAAAUCAAAAUGUAAUUGGACAUAAUGUUUUAUUAAACAGCUCAACUACAGCCGACGAACCGGUUAACAAUGGUAAAAACUUCACAGAAAUAUUAAUAAAUACAACUUCGACGCCAAUUUUAAAUGAAUCUCAUACCUUAAAAAGUGUACAAGAACCUAAAAUAAAUAGAAGCGAUGCUUCUCAUUUGGAAAUAAAUAACGAGAGCCACGAUGUAGCUAGUUCACUUUCCAGCACUCCAACGCCAAAUACCGAGAAUACUACAGAAAAUUCAAUGUUUUGGUUUAAAGCCGAUGAUGAUUUCUGGAAAAAACUUAUAAAUGGAAAUAAUACACAAAAUUUAAUAUAUUUUCUAUUUGUUCCUCCCAAAACAAACCCGGAGAAAGAGACGAAAACUACCAUAUAUCCCAAUGGCACCACAGUCGAGGAAGUUAUAGAAAGAACAAGCGCUGAUGAUGGAGAACCUAAAAUAACAAAAUCAACAACAAUUACACAUAAAAAUACUACUGAUGUUAAUAAAUAAAUAAAAUCACUUAAAGAACUUAAGGAUCAAUGUUAGCAGGAUAUCCAUAUAAGGAGAUUUGUUGUAUUAUUUAGAGCACAAAUAUAACAAUAUAUAUAU